AUAUAUCAUUGGAUGGAAGAAAUAGUGAAGGUCCAUUCUGACCUCCUCCAGAAAAUAUAUAUUGGAUCAUCAUACGAAAAACGACCACUUUAUGUUCUGAAGCUUUCUAAAAGCCAGAACAGGUCCAAAAGUGCCAUAUGGAUUGACUGUGGUAUCCACGCUAGAGAAUGGAUUUCCCCUGCUUUUUGCCUGUGGUUCAUAGGCCAUGCAACCCAUGUGCGUGAGAGAGAUCAAACCAUGACAACACUUCUGGAGCACUUUGAUUUCUAUGUCAUGCCGGUGAUGAACGUGGAUGGCUAUGAGUACACGUGGAGCCAUCCCUCUAAGCGUCUGUGGAGAAAGAGUCGCUCUUCACAUGGUAUCAGCAAGUGCAUCGGUACUGACAUGAACAGGAAUUUUGAUGCUCACUGGUGUGGGGAAGGAGCAUCUUCCUACGAAUGUCAGGAGACAUACUGUGGGCCUUACCCAGAGUCUGAACCUGAAGUGAAAGCAGUGGCUCGCUUUGUCAGAGAUCACAAAGACAUCAUUAAAGCAUACAUAACCAUGCACUCUUACUCCCAGUUGGUAUUGUUUCCAUAUUCUUACACUAUGGACAAAAGCAAAGACCAUGAUGAGCUG